AUGGGUCGUGGGAAGAUUGAGAUCAAGCUGAUCGAGAAUCAGACGAACAGGCAGGUGACUUAUUCCAAGCGACGGAAUGGGAUCUUCAAGAAGGCUCAGGAGCUCACGGUUCUCUGUGACGCUCAGGUCUCCCUCAUCAUGCAGUCCUCCACUGAUAAAAUCCACGAGUAUAUUAGCCCUACCACUACGACCAAGAAGAUGUUAGAUCAAUACCAGAAGAAUUUACAGAUUGAUCUAUGGAGCUCCCACUACGAGGCAAUGAAAGAAAACUUGUGGAAACUGAAGGAGGUUAACAAUAAAUUAAGGAGGGACAUCAGGCAGAGGCUGGGGCAUGAUCUAGAUGGUCUGAGCUAUGCUGAGCUGCAAGAUCUGGAGGAAAAGAUGUCCCAAUCAGUGCAAAUCAUACGUGAGAGAAAGUACCACGUGCUGAAGACUCAAGCAGAGACUACCAGGAAAAAGAAUAAGAGCUUGGAGGAGAGACACAGUCAUAUGCUGCAUGGCUAUGGAGGUCCCGUUAAUGAGGAUCCGCAGUACGGGUAUGUCGAAAAUGAAGGAGACUAUGAAUCUGCAGUUGCAUUGGCAAAUGGAGCAUCCAACUUGUAUUUUUUCAAUCGCCUGCACAACAACCACAACCUUGACCAAGGACAUGGUGGAGGUUCACUCAUGUCCUCCAUUACUCAUCUCCAUAUAUGA